AGACAAAUAGGAAUUGAUACGCUAUUGCAGUGGACUCACCGGAAUUGAUAACUUGGCCGUCGCUGGUAUCCACAGGGAUUCGUUGGAAUGGUUUUCUGCAGCCGGCACAUAGCCUGAAGAAGCUUAGGGUUUCCUAGUUCUUCUCCCCCUUUUUUUUUUUCAUGUUGAUCAGACAAUAUUUCACGAAUCCAUCAUUGUUCCGUUCGCGGUUUAGUAAGGGAUGUACUUUAGGAUUUAUUUUGAAGUGAAGUUCUGAAUCCGUUGGAGGAUGUCGACUAUUAUGGCUCCAUCCGUUGUGCCGGCGACGAUGGCUCCUUCAAGCAGUCGGAUGGAGUUAGCGCAUCAUCGCCUCUAUGAAUUUGCAAAGAAAGCCUUGAUAAAGAUUUUCGUCUCUCCGUAUGCAUCGGUUUGUGAUUUGUACUGUGGCGGCGGAACUGAAACGGAUAAAUGGGACGAAGCCCAAAUAGGACACUACGUUGGAGUUGAUACAUCGUCUUCUGGUAUCAUCGAAGCUCGUGAGAUUUGGGAGAGCCAGAGGAAGCCCUAUACUGCGGAGUUCUGUGAGUUGGACCCUUCCGUUCAGGAAAACAUGGGGUCACAUUUGCAAGAUAAAGGUAUUCCAGUGGAUAUUGUUUGCUGUUUGCAGCAUUUGCAGCUUUGUUUUGAAAACGAAGAGAGAGUGAGGACUCUCCUUCAUAAUGUGUCGUCUCUUCUUAAACCUGGGGGAUAUUUUUUCGGUAUAACUCCUGACUCAUCUACUAUAUGGACAAAGUACCAGAAGAUAGUCGAAGCUUCACAUAAUAAGGGAAGUGGCUUAAAGGGUGUUCAAAAUUGCAUAAGAUCUGAUAACUUUGUCAUUACUUUUGAGGUUGAGGAAGACAAGUUUCCUUUCUUUGGAAAGAAGUACAUGCUAAAGUUUGCUAAUGAUAUUAUAUCCGAGACUCAUUGCUUGGUGCAUUUUCCAAGCUUAAUCAGGUUAGCUAGGGAAGCUGGUCUGGAUUAUGUGGAGAUACAAAACCUGGCUGAGUUUUAUGAUGAUAACAGAGCUCAAUUUGCAGGGAUGCUUUGCAGCUAUGGUGCAAACUUUUUGGACCCCCGUGGAAAGCUUCUUGCCCGCUCAUUUGAUAUAUUAGGUUUAUAUGCCAUAUUUGUCUUUCAAAAGUCUGAUCCAGAUGCUGCUCCUCCUAUCUUGACGCCAAUGAUACAUGACGAAGAGCAUCAAGAGUGGCUUGGAAAUGGCUGGAUGCAGCAGGCAGCAGUAGAGGAUGAUAAGAAUGUGCAGCCAGAGCCAAAUAGCAGCCAUGGCUGUGUUUUGGUGCCUCAGGAAAAAGGUAUAUUGGGUCCAGGACCUGCUGACCUAAGGUUUUCUGAACCACUUUAGGUCUUAGUUGCAGGAUUAUUAAAAAAAAUGCCUUAGUUAUUUUGAAUGUUAGCUAUGAUUUAUUUUUGUAUAUAUUGAUGCUUUGGUAUCUUCCACAUCAUUUAUAUGAUUGUAUUUGCCCUAGAAAACCUUGAAAAAUAGUUAAUUGGUUGUUUAUUGUAAGUUGAAAAUUGCUGAUCCCCUACACUACUUUUUAACUGGUGGAGGGAGGAAGGAGAAGCUACCCUUAGAAAUUAUUAUAUGUA